AUGCUCACCGGUCCAGACCUGAAUAACAGCCUCCUUGGAGUUUUGAUACGCUUCAGGAAGGAACCUGUAGCAAUCGUCGCAGACAUUCAGCAGAUGUUCUACUGCUUUGGUGUGAGAGAGGACCAUAGAGACCAUUUGCGAUUCCUCUGGUACAGAGACAACGACUUGACGAAAGACAUCAUCGACUACAGGAUGACAGUUCAUGUUUUUGGUAACAGCCCAUCUCCUGCUGUCGCCAUAUACGGUCUCAGACGAGCUGCCCAAGAAGGAGAAAGCGACCACGGUGCAGACACACGAGAAUUCGUAGAAAGACAUUUCUAUGUCGACGAUGGACUUACGUCUCUUCCCACUCCCAUUGAGGCAAUCGAUCUAUUGCAGAGGACCCGAGCAUCACUUGCAGAAUCAAACCUACGAUUGCACAAGAUCGCUUCAAACAACGCCGCAGUGAUGGCAGCCUUUCCACCAGAGGACCACGCCAAAGGUAUGAAAGAUUUGGGCCUCGGUGGCGAAAGCGGAGUCGUACAACGCAGCCUAGGUUUAUGCUGGGAAAUCACUAUGGACACAUUCACAUUCAGGGUGACGACCGACGACAAGCCAUUUACUCGCCGUGGAGUACUGUCAAUGGUAAAUAGCCUUUACGACCCUCUCGGCCUGGUAGCCCCGGUAACCAUACAAGGCAGAGCCCUACUUCGUGAACUCACAACCAAUGCUUGCCACUGGGACACACCUCUCCCCAAAGACAGCCUGAAAGAAUGGGAGAUGUGGAGAGAUUCGCUUCAGGAUCUGAAGGAGCUUCAUAUCCCUCGCACAUACGCCAUGAAGUCUCUCACCAAGGUACGGCAAACCGAGUUGUGUGUGUUCUCAGAUGCGUCCACCAGAGCCAUUGGUGCAGUAGCUUAUCUCCGAACCCUUGACGAAAACGGACAGACCGCAGUGGGAUUCGUCCUCGGAAAAGCUAAGCUAGCCCCUCUGUCCGAACCUACCAUACCUCGACUGGAACUAUGUGCUGCAGUGCUAGCAGUAGAGAUGGCAGAGCUCAUCCUAGACGAAAUAGACCUCAAAAUUGAUGCGGUGAAAUUCUACUGUGACAGUAAAGUUGUACUAGGUUACAUUAACAACGAAUCCAAGCGAUUUUACGUAUACGUACACAACAGAGUCGAGCGUAUACGUCAGUCAACAAAGCCAGAUCAGUGGCACUACGUGCCUACAGAGCACAAUCCAGCAGACCACGCUUCACGGGGAAUUCCAGCUUCCCAGCUCGCAAGUACAUCAUGGUUCACGGGACCGCCAUUUCUCUUCAAGCUGAACCAAUCUCCUUCAGAGAAAUCGAACCCCUUCGAGCUAGUUGAUCCAGAGCUAGAUGUAGAAAUCCGUCCCCAGGUGACAAGUUUCGCUACCCAGACGAAAAUGACAACACUUACACCCAAACGCUUUCAACGUUUCUCGACGUGGAACUCACUCCUGAGAGCAGUUACUUUCCUCAUCCAUGUCGUUCGUUCCCGCAAGAUGGACCCAGCAAGUCAGUCAACUAAAUGCAGUGGACAGCACAAGCCAUAUACUCCAGACGAGCUGGCUCAAGCAAAAGAUGUUAUCAUCAAGUCAGUCCAGAGAGAGUUCUACUCAGGGGAGUUUACAAACCUUGACCAGAAGAAAGAUGUUCCCAAGAACAGUUCUCUCACAAAGCUGAAUCCUGUUUUGGAAGAGGGCUUCAUCAGAGUGGGAGGUCGUCUCAAACAUGCACAGCUAGACCGUGACGAGAAGAACCCAAUUAUUUUGCCAGGUAACCACCACGUUUGCACACUGCUAGUACGCCACUACCACGAGCAGGUGAAACACCAAGGUCGCCAUUUUACGGAAGGGACCAUCAGAGCAUCCGGCCUAUGGAUUGUCGGUGGUAAGAGACUCAUAAACUCAGUCCUACAUAAGUGCGUCAUAUGCAAGAAGCUCCGUGGGAAGUUGGAAGAACAGAAGAUGGCGGACCUGCCACCUGAGCGACUCAAUACAUCUCCACCAUUCACAUACCGAAACAGCUUAGAUCCGACUGCGGAACCAACUUCGUUGGAGCCUGCAAUGAGCUGA